AUGCAGUUGCUCGCUGCGCCAACUCGAGAAGAAGUUGACAAAGCGCAUGCCAAAGCGACAUGGCUUGAUAUUGGCGUCCCAAGUUUUCGAAACUUGCGACAAAUCUCGCGGUCAAAUUGUACGAUGUGGUCCGUACUAGCGCUGAGUUCUCUGCCUAUUCAUUUCUUAUACAAUUCCACUGUGUUUUCCAGCUUGACUGGCAAUGGGGUUGCUUUUGUCACUGCCCACGAAUCCUUCUUAGAGGGGCCUUCGUGGACGAAUGAGACGGCAACCCCAUUCAUCCCGGUGAUACAUGGUCAUGGUCCGCCCAAUACGACAACGAAUACUUUCGAAAUAAUCAGUGCCAUCCACAACGAUUACCGGAAUAAUACAUCAUUGUAUGAGAACCACACGACGUACGAGUGCCUCAGUGCGUACAUGAAUCCCUUCAGCUGGCGACCGAGACUUCUUAUCAUGAUUUCGUCGAACGAGUCUGUCUUAAAUAACAGCGCCACAUACAUAGACUGGGGCAUACAAACGAGCGCACCUGACGCAGUCGCUCAUUUGCUCUGUGAUGGUGAAACUGCCAUGUCUAAGAAAUGCGCUGCGCUUGAUACUCUUACAUCAGAUACCAUAGGUUGGUGGAUCAUAGGUACUGGACUCAGAACGCAGCGAGUAUACAACAGAAGUAUCAGCGUGACAAGUCUGUGGGCCAUGGGGUUCGGAGAAACCAAAGUCGAGGAAAUUGUGUCCUGGAAUCAAGCAAACGAGGGUAGGCUCGGCCUUUUCGUCAACAUCCUCAUCGCCAACAUAUGGCAGGUGGUGAUUGCCCUGGCGUACACAGCUCAUAAUGCUCUGCUCUCAUGUAUGUUGGUAGCUGAUGAAUGGGUGGGAUUUGCAACUGAUCGGAAGGGUAAUUCCCCUGGUAGUUGUCUAGCGCAACGUAUUUCCCAAGACGUUUCCCCAGAAUCAACGAUGCAUCCUCAAUUUGCUGAUACUGAGUGGUGA